GCACAUGCUUCAUCAGAAACCUUUUAACUCUCUCCUCUGUUUCUUAGUUUAGUACAGCACAAUAUAUCCUCUGGUCCAUCUUGCCUACAGCCUAAGCCCAAACCACACACCAUACCUCACUGUCGACACACUCUAGGCUUCCCCUCAGUCCUCUCCUGUUUGCUCUGUUUGCUUACUGUAAAGCUACAUGCACAUGACACCAUCUGAAGGCCUAGCCAAAAGGAAUGAGGCAACAAAAAAAACACACAUUUCCUACAGUACAUGUUCUCAUUAUCAGUGGAAUACAGACAAAAACACAGCAAAUAAACACCAAUAAUAACAAUGAAUUACACCAAACGACAAUGCGGCCAUCAUAUUUCUCAGAAUAAGGUGGGGAUCACAUUGGCCAGCGGCAAGCGUAAAGCUCAGCAUAACGCUCAGACCAUAAGUUCUGUCUCGUUCCUAAGCAACACAAACGGUUUGCCUAAACUGACAAUUGAAUACGCUCGCGUUGCGCUUUGAAAGUUGAACCAAGUUCAACGCUCAGCUUGUUCAACGCUAUAGCGUUACGCCAGCGCUGCCAUUGUUCCGCUGCCGAACCAUAGAGAACAAUAGGAAACCUGCCGCUUGGCUGAUGUGAUCCCCAUGUGGUAUUGUGAACAUCUGCAUACUACAUGAACUGCCAUGUGAUGCCACUCCACAUCAUUUCCCCGUCUCUGUGACAAAGCCAUGAGGUCCAGUCUAUGUCCACUGUGAGGCCCAGAAAAUUACGCAACAGUGAGCCAAGGCCCAGCACACGUGCACAGUGAGGCCUAUAGGUUCUACGACAGAGCUGGGUAGGUGAGGCCCACAACCAAGCAUGGAGCUCAAGGUGUGGGUGGAUGGCGUAUUAAGGGUGGUGUGUGGCUUAUCUGAAGACACCACCUGUCAACAGGUGGUCAUUGCACUUGCUCAGGCCAUAGGUCAGACAGGUCGGUAUGUCCUGGUGCAGAAACUGCGAGAAACUGAGAGGCAGCUGCUGGCUGACGAGCGACCGCUACAGACUCUUGCCAAACUGGGUCAGCUGGGCAACGAGGUCCAGUUUAUCCUCCGCCGCACUGGCCCCAGUGGCAGCAGCAGUGACAGCAGCAUUAGCAGCAGACCCCCACCCCCGCCUGACCGCACCACUUCCCUCCUCUCCCUCCCACUCCCCAAACACCCCCACACGGAAGCCCCGACACGCAGGGAGCCCAAGAAGGCCCUCACCUUCAACCUGGGCCCCUCCAGCGCCCCGCACACAAAGCCCAAGCACUUUAAGAAGCCUCCCAGAGACUCCCCGGAGCUCCGAGGGGUGUCCCCGUCCCCGUCUCUUUCCAAGUCCCCUUCCCCCUCCCCAGUUCCUCCUCCUCCUGCCACGUCUUCCUCGCCGGCCCUCCCCUCCAAAGAGGAGCUGUUCCGGCAAGUUCUCCAGCAGCAGGCCGAGCUCCGUGCCCUGGAUGAGCAGCUGGACUCUGUGCAGCAGGAGGUGUGGACGUGGGAGCAGCCCCCUCCCCCAGUCCUCCCGCCGCACUUGCUGGAGGAGCUUGACCGACUGGAGGAGGCGAUGAGGCAGAACAAGGCGGAGCUCGCCCACACCGGCCACUGGGAGGUGGAGCUGGCGGCCGAGGUGGAGCGGGAGGAGGCGUUGCUCAGGGAGGCGGAGCAGCUCGGGCGGCUGCUGGAGGAGCACGCCCAGAGGCUCUCGGACAGCGACGGCCAGGUCGGGACUCUGGAGAGGGAUCUCCAGGAGCUGCAGCAGGGGGGCCAGAGGAACGGACUCAGGCAGGUGGAGGUCCCGCAGGACUCCCUGGAGACGGUGCGCGCAGAGCUGGAGAGGAGGCAGAGGCAGGAGGCCGAGCUGCGGAGCUCGCUGAGUGACACGGAACAGGAGCUGGAGACUGCUUACAGGAUGCUGCAGGCGAAGGACCUGGAGCUGGAUGAGCUGAAUAAGGAGCUGAGGCAGUGUAACCUUCAGCAGUUCAUCCAGCAGACGGGAGUUCCAGCCAGCGCGUCCAGCCAGCAGACAGAUCUUCAGGCUGAGUCCGAGCUCAUCAAUGUCUCCCAGAUGGUGCUGGACACUGACACAGAUUCAGAUUCUGGACUAUUCUCCUCAGGGUCUCAAACCCCCCUCACAGCCAGAGAGAUUCUGGGAGACGCACGUAGCUUAAAAAAACCAUUAGUGUUGGCAUCUAGGGAGUUACCAUGGCGUUAAUGAAGAAAUUCUGUCAAACAAAAACUGCUACAGCCUUCUGAAGCCAUUAUUAUUGUAUUUCCACACAUUCUGGAUUUUUGUUAUAUGCACAUAUAGUAGGCUAUGUAUAUAUUAUUCAAUCUCACCUUAAUAAUCACAUGUUUAAAAGACAUGGAUAUGAAUGUAUUUGAAGGAAAAUGUCAUGAUGUAAACACAUUUUAAUUAUUUACUGAAAUGAAAAAAUAUAACUAUAUUUCUAGUAA